GAAGCACGCGCAGAUAUGGCAGAAGAAGCUCCAGCAGCAGCACCCGCGAAAGCUCCGGCCAAGGCCCCGAAGAAGAAGGCCGCUCCCCGGGCCAAGAAGGAGGGACCCAGCCUCCCCAAGCUCAUCGUCGCCUCCGUGGCCGAGUCCAAGGAGCGCAAAGGGACGUCGCUGGCCGCCAUCAAGAAAUACCUGGCCGCCAAAAAUGUAGAUGUCCCCAAAGCCAACAAACGGAUCAACACCGCCGUCGCCAAACUGGUGGAGAAAGGGGUCCUGAGUCAGGUCAAGGGGACGGGCGCUUCUGGCUCCUUCAAGCUCGCCAAGAAGGAGCCCAAAGCGGCAAAACCCGCCAAAAAGAAGGUCGCUAAGCCCGCUAAGAAGGCUCCCGCUAAAGCCAAGAAGCCCGCGGUGAAGAAGGCAGCGACCCCCAAGAAGUCCCCGGCCAAGAAAGCUGUGAAAAAAGCAGCGAAGAAGACCCCGAAAAAGGCCGCCGCAAAGAAGCCGAAGGUCGCCGCUAAGAAGCCGAAGGUCGCCGCUAAGAAAGCCGCUCCUAAAAAGCCUAAAGCCGCCAAGAAGCCCGCAAAGAAGGCUGCGCCAAAGAAGGCGAAGAAGUAAAGCAGUCCUCCUCCAGCACUCCGUGCAUCAAAGGCUCUUUUCAGAGCCACCACCGCCUCCGCUGAGAGCUCCUCACCGCACCCACAGCCGCUGAUAACACCCGCCUUUAAUAACAGUAGUAAUAAUAAUGUAAUUAAUACUGAUAUACUUUAAUGUUUCUGACACUAACCAGUAACUACACACUUCAUGAGUUAGACUGCAGCUUCAUUCAGGCCUCAGUGCUCAUCACAUGAUUGUGACCUCACAAUAACAGGAUCAUAGAAACACUUCAUUCUCCUGAGGACAACCAGCCGGAGUUUAUUUUAACUGAGGCUCCGGGAGCUUAAAUUAAAGAGGACGGUUCCACAAACACUCACACAUCAGGAGUUUAUUCAUUCAUUGGCUCAUUUAAACUAAAGAAUGAAAAUUGUACAAUUCUGCGUCACUGGUACUCUUACUUAUAUACUAUUGAUGCAUUUGAUAUUAACUGACCAGCUGAUGAUUUAUUUUAAAAAAAAUCAGUGAAUAUAAACUCGGGUUUGAUUUUCUUGGUUUACCUGCUGCUGAUCCAAAAUAUCAACUAUAUGGAGAUGGUUCAUUAUUUUCAAAUUAAAUUUUUAAAUAAUUCUAUUAAAAAAAUUACUGAGCUUUUAUUUUAGU